GUAGAUAUUUUAAUUUGAUAUACAUAUAUAAAUAUUUCCUUUGGUAAUACGCGCGCAAUAAAUCUAUCUGUCUCUGCGCGUUCACUUUCACUCUAUGUUUACUUUCUUUCACACUUUCUAUAGCAUCGCCACCUUGUACCUUGGCAGACACCCGCUUGUACUUUCAUGGCGUCGCCCGAGGCCUCCCUCUUGCUCCACCCCGAAACCGAGCUCGACCAAUCCCUAACCACUCUGGAAAAAUUCCUCGGCCUCCUGGGCUUCUGCCAGCAUACUCUCCUCCGUGCCACGCUCUCGUGGCUAGCCUUCUUCCUCCUCGCCGUCGCUCUUCCGCUCGCCGAGAUCGAGCUCUCCAGAUGUUCCGCGUGCGAGAAGCUAGAGAUCGAGACCUUCGAGCUCGAAAUUCUCGUCUCGCGAGCGGUGGUCGCCGCCGUUUCUCUUCUCUGUGUGUCGCGGAAUCUGCGCAAGUACGGAAUCCGAAAGGCGCUCUUCGUCGACCGAUGCCAUGGCCGCAUGACGCAGUUUCGGAAACACUAUAUUCAAAGAAUUCGUGUAUUUUACUGCUUAUUAGGUUCAUGGUUUGGGGUGUGCUUUGUAUUGAAGGCCGGUCGCGAGGUUGCUCGUCUGAUGUAUCUGCACAAUGGUUCUUGGUGGCUGUCUAUUAUCUUGUUCUUAGUUUGCUUGUUAUCUUGGUCGUAUUUGACACUGCUAUUUCUAUCUGGAUGUGCUUUGUUUAAUUUGGCGGGGAAUUUGCAAAUAAUACACUUCGAAAACUAUGGGAAAGUUCUUGAGAAAGAUUUGGAUGUUUCUCUCUACAUCGAGGAGCACAUGACUCUAACCUUCGAUUUAUCAAAGAUAAGUCACAGGUUCCGAAUCUUUCUUCUUCUGGAGUUCUUGAUUGUCACAGCAAGUCAGUUUGUCACAUUAUUGCAGGCAACAGAAAAUCAGGGCAUCAUCAAUCUCAUCAAUGGAGGUGAUUUUGCAGUCCUAUCGAUUGUUCAAUUAGUUGGAAUCCUUCUCUGUCUGAGUGCAGCAGCUAAGAUUUCUCACAGAGCCCAGAGUCUUGGCUCAGUUGCUAGCAGAUGGCAUGCAUUAGUUACUUGCAAUUCGAAUGAUGGUUUGGGUUCUGGAAAUGUCGACAAUGGUGGAAAUGCUGAAGCCCAUCCUUCUGGUUCAUUAUCUUUUAAUUGUUCAGAAAGUGAUUUGGAAUCUGCUGAUUACAUGCCUCUGCCGACAAAUAUACACCCCACCCCUUCUAACUCUUCAUAUCAAAGGAGACAAGCUUUUGUUACAUACGUGCAAUCCAACACGGGUGGAUUCACAAUCUUCGGAUGGAUCGUGGAUCGUAUGCUGAUCAAUACAAUCUUCUUCAUUGAGCUAUCCCUCGUCUUCUUCGUUCUCGGCAAGACCAUCACUGUCACAGUCAGAUAAACAUUUCCAAUAUCUGAAACCCCCCUUUUAUUACAUGGGGUAACUUAGAAGUUACAACAGUUGACAUUAGAUGAAUAUGAAAUUUUUAGUUGAUAA